AUGCAAACGCACAAGCAACACGUCUCGCUCCACCCUCCAGCCACGCCCACACAGGACUCGCUCCACCCUCCAGCCACGCCCACACAGGACUCGCUCCACCCUCCAGCCACGCCCACACAGGACUCGCUCCACCCUCCAGCCACGCCCACACAGGACUCGCUCCACCCACCAGCCACGCCCACACAGGACUCGCUCCACCCUCCAGCCACGCCCACACUGGACUCACUCCACCCACCAGCCACGCCCACACAGGACUCGCUCCACCCUCCAGCCACGCCCACACAGGACUCGCUCCACCCACCAGCCACGCCUAUACAGGACUCGCUCCACCCUCCAGCCACGCCCACACAGGACUCUCUCCACCCACCAGCCAUGCCCACACAGGACUCGCUCCACCCACCAGCCACGCCCACACAGGACUCGCUCCACCCACCAGCCACGCCCACACAGGACUCGCUCCACCCACCUGCCACGCCCACACAGUACUCGCUCCACCCACCAGCCACGCCCACACAAGACUCGCUCCACCCACCAGCCACGCCCACACAGGACUCGCUCCACCCACCUGCCACGCCCACACAGGACUCGCUCCACCCACCAGCCACGCCCACACAGGACUCGCUCCACCCUCCAGCCACGCCCACACAGGACUCACUCCACCCACCUGCCACGCCCACACAGGACUCGCUCCACCCACCAGCCACGCCCACACAGGACUCGCUCCACCCUCAGCCACGCCCACACAGGACUCGCUCCACCCUCCAGCCACGCCCACACAGGACUCGCUCCACCCACCAGCCACGCUCACACACGCCCACCUACCUUGCUCAACGAAGACGGGUGAGGAUACAGAUUCACCGAGUAAUCCUCGCGCCUGAGACGGUAAUCCCAGCGCGUCUCGAUGUGAGGGAUUUCGAGGGCGUCGCAGAUACUCUGGACGUGGGCGGAAGUCUGGCCUGA